GGACGCGAGGAGCCGGGGGUUGGGAACCGGGGGCCGCUGUUGAUGUUUGGAGAGAAGUGAGAGCUGUCUCCAGAGCCUAUGAGGACUAUGGGGAAGUCCCGGGAAGCUGCUGUCAUCAGAAAAGCGGGGUGUUGCAAAGAGCGAACCUAUUUCCGAACAUUCCAUACACCAAGCCUGGGUGAUGAAGAAUUUGAAAUCCCACCUAUCUCCUUGGAUUCUGAUCCCUCACUGGCUGUCUCAGAUGUGGUUGGCCACUUUGAUGACCUAGCAGACCCUUCCUCCUCUCAGGAUGGCAGCUUUUCAGCCCAGUAUGGGGUCCAGACAUUGGACAUGCCUGUGGGCAUGACCCAUGGCUUGAUGGAGCAGGGCGGGGGGCUCCUGAGUGGGGGCUUGACCAUGGACUUGGAUCAUUCUAUAGGAACUCAGUAUAGUGCCAACCCACCUGUUACAAUUGAUGUACCAAUGACAGACAUGACAUCUGGCUUGAUGGGGCACAGCCAGUUGACCACGAUUGAUCAGUCAGAACUGAGUUCUCAACUUGGUUUGAGCUUAGGGGGCGGCACCAUCCUGCCACCUGCCCAGUCACCUGAGGAUCGUCUUUCAACCACACCUUCACCUACUAGUUCACUUCAUGAGGAUGGUGUUGAGGAAUUCCGGAGGCAACUUCCCAGCCAGAAGACAGUUGUGGUGGAAGCAGGGAAAAAGCAGAAGGCCCCAAAGAAGAGAAAAAAGAAAGAUCCUAAUGAACCUCAAAAACCAGUGUCAGCAUAUGCUUUAUUCUUUCGUGACACACAGGCUGCCAUCAAGGGACAGAAUCCCAAUGCCACUUUUGGGGAGGUUUCAAAAAUUGUGGCUUCCAUGUGGGACAGUCUUGGAGAGGAGCAAAAACAGGUAUAUAAGAGGAAAACUGAAGCUGCCAAGAAAGAAUAUCUGAAGGCGCUGGCUGCUUAUAAAGACAAUCAAGAGUGUCAGGCCACUGUGGAAACAGUGGAAUUGGAUCCAGCGCCACCAUCACAGACUCCUUCUCCACCUCCUGUGGCUACUGCUGACCCAGCCUCUCCAGCACCAGCCUCAACAGAGCCUCCUGCACUGUCUCCUUCCAUUGUUGUUAAUUCCACUCUUUCAUCUUAUGUGGCAAACCAGGCAUCUUCUGGGGCUGGGGGUCAGCCCAAUAUUACCAAGUUGAUUAUUACCAAACAGAUGUUGCCCUCCUCUAUUACUAUGUCUCAAGGAGGGAUGGUUACAGUUAUCCCAGCCACAGUGGUGACCUCCCGAGGGCUCCAACUAGGCCAAACCAGUACAGCUACUAUCCAGCCUAGUCAGCAAGCCCAGAUUGUCACUCGGUCGGUGUUGCAGGCAGCAGCGGCAGCAGCAGCUUCUAUGCAACUGCCUCCACCCCGACUACAACCCCCUCCAUUGCAGCAGAUGCCUCAGCCCCCCACUCAGCAGCAAGUCACCAUCCUUCAGCAGCCUCCCCCACUCCAGGCCAUGCAACAGCCUCCAGCUCAGAAAUUUCGAAUCAAUCUACAGCAACAGCCACCUCCACUGCAGGUCAAGAUUGUGCCUCCGCCCACUCUGAAAAUGCAGACUACCUUAGUUCCACCACCUGUAGAAAGUAGUCCAGAGCGGCCUAUGAACAGCAGCCCUGAGACCCAUACAGUGGAGGAAACCUCUCCUGAGGCAAUCUGUGAGAUGAUCACAGAUGUAGUUCCUGAGGUUGAGUCUCCUUCUCAAAUGGAUGUUGAAUUGGUGAGUGGGUCUCCUAUGACACUCUCACCCCAGCCUCGAUGUGUGAGGUCCGGCUGUGAGAACCCUCCCGUUGUGAGUAAGGACUGGGACAAUGAGUACUGCAGCAAUGAGUGUGUGGUGAAGCAUUGCAGGGAUGUCUUCUUGGCCUGGGUAGCCUCUAGAAACUCAAACACAGUGGUGUUUGUGAAGUAGUCCUUCCUGUUCUCCAAGCCAGUGAAGACUUAUCUGCUGGGAACACAUCCACCAAGCCUGUUUUUUAAGAGAAAAGCUGGGCUUCUGGUAGUGCCUGAUCUCAACCCAUGAUGGUCCUUUAUGUCCUUCACAUUUCUCCCCUUUUUCUCUCUCUUCUACAGGGGCCAGGCUAUGGAGCAGGGCCACUGAGUUUGCUGGAAUUGCUUUUUACUUUGAACUUCAAGCGGAGACAUCAGUGUUAAUAACAGAGGAAAGGGUGAAGGAAAUAUGAAAAGCAGAACAUAGCGGUGGUGGCUGGGGGUGGGGAAUUGUUUGAGGAAACUUGGUAUAAUUGUCAUAGGACUUGCCUAAAAGAUUAUUGAAGUGAUAGGAUAGUACUCAGCUUUGAGCCUAGGAGAAAACAUCAUUGCGUGCAUCCAUUUUAAAGGGGCUAAAAGGCUGCAUUAAAGGUUACCUAUUAAACAGGGAACCAUUACUAUCACAUCUGCACAUUCAUUACUUUGAGAACAAAGGUUUUCAACACAGUAAGCACACUGGGCUGUAGGAAAAAAUCACCUAGGAGCUUCUUAUUUAUUUAUUUGCAAUAAUAUUUCUGUAGUCAACGUUUUUCCUUAUCUCAGUUAUCAUAGUUUAUGAGUGUAAAAGACAGAAUUCUACAUCUUUAAUAUAAGAGAUUUCACCAAAGUCUAAAGUUGUGUUCACUUGUGUUUGAUGAGAUACCUUUUAAAAGAGAGGCCACACGGUUGUAACAGAAUAAGCAAUAUUUAGAGCAUGACAGCCCUAGUGGAUGAUAAUCUUGAGUGAAACUCAAAUCUUACCUUGAGAAAUGUUGUCCCAGAGAACCCCCUUCUUGAUUACCAUGUUUACUAGUGCUAAUCACUUUGAUCCUGUACAGUAUAAUCAACAUUUUAAUGCUUUUCAUGCAUUCAUUUACUUUGAACCCUUCUAGCAACCCAGUGAGGUAGGUAAUAUUCCCAGUUUACAUAUAAGCAAUCAUACUGAGAGGUGAGUUACAUAAGAUCACACACUGUUAAGUGGCAGAGCCAGAACUUGACCUUGAAAUCCCAACCACAAUACAAACUUUUAUUUAAAUAAAGAAAAAAAGCUAUUGUACAAAUAUUACUCUUCAGGUGCAGCCUGCAGAGCCAUGGCUGUGGAUGCUUAGGUUUAGAAGUACUUCUAUAGAUUCUUCGGUUUAGAGAUGAUACCAUCUGGAUACCUCUGCUUGAACCGGGCAACCACAUCUGGGUCUAGUAGGUGGAUCCCAUCCAGUUGGUUUCCAAGGGUGAUCCUGAAGCAAGGGGAAAGGUAGGGCAAACCAAAAAUCCUGGAAUUUAAAGGCUUAAUACUGUUAAAAGAUGUGUAUACUUUUUAUUAAGACUUCUUACCACCUCAUCGAAUAUUCAUGCUAGUUCUUUUAAAAAAAUCUUAGUAUAUGGUAGUAUGGCUGGUUAGAAAUUGGGCACAGAUUCUGGUGUUAAAAGGGGCUGGAUCUGUACUAAUUAAAGGUUAAUAAAUUAUGGCUAACCAGGUCUACUUCACAAA